AUGAGAAUGAACAUCUCCUCCACUCUUUUGAGAAUGUGGGAUUUCUCCUUACGUUUGUUUUUGCGUAAAGUUUGUGCAUUCUUUGUUAGGAUAGUUGACUGUAGUGGGUCACAAAGAGUAAUAUACUCUUGGUUGAUUAUUUUCUUUUAAUUACGUGAAUGUCAGCUCCCAGACUGAUUUGCCAUUGUUUAUAUUUCUUUUCAGGGUGGAUAACGAUUUCAAGGAGGAGCUUUGCUCAUGCAAUAAUAGUACAAUUCGUUUUUCUGAGGUUUUCCCUCUACCAAUGAACUUCUUCCAAUAUUUCAGUUCUGUUCAUUUUUGACAUAUUUUCUGGAUUUUAAAUCAGUAUCGGGAAGUCGAGAGCUUGGGUUAUCAAAUAUUGUUGUUUACACGUUUAUUUCAGUCCUUUUUUGAUUUUCUAUGUUUGUAUGCCAGCGUUUGGUACGCUGAACUUUGAGCCUUAAAGUACUUUUUUGGCCAUCUGCUUAUGUUUGGUAUUUCUUUGAAAUACUAGUGUCUGGUGGAGUAAAGGUACUAUGAUAGUGAUAUCUGUUUAGGAUGGCGAAACGAAGGGUACAAGGGUGAUACUUUAAAUAUAGAAUGAUUUUCAGGUGGAAACUUUGUCAAGACGGUGUGUCAGAUGCCCAAAGCAUUUAAACCGACUAGACAAGAAGGCCGUAGUGGCUUGGAUGUUGAAUGAGUGUGGUAGUGGGCGCCCCCUGCGCUUGUCUUGUUGGGCUCCACCGAAUGCAUAUCUUUGUUGUAAUAUAUCCUUAAAUAAUACUGGAAUAGAAUAAGUAAUACAUUUUCUCAUAAUGUUUUUUGCCUAGAUUAUAAGUUCAAUUUAAUUAUUUUAAUAAAUGUUUUCUGGAUUCUUGUAGAAUUAUACAUCACAAAAUUCUUUUAA